AUCCUCUUCUUUCCUUGUCUUUGUUUCUAUUCUAAAAACAUAUUUUUGGUCGACAGCUCCUCUACGAUCUUGUACAAUAAUUGAAAAUGUCUUAUAGAGAUGAAUACAUGCAAUAUCGGUCGUCACAAGAACGUCCCCGGCCAGGACCACCCGAACCACCGUCACACUCUGACUCUGCAUAUCGACCAAGACCAAACAGCCCUUAUAUGAACGAAAGACCUCCUUCAGGAGGGUACUAUGAUCGCUCUCAGACGCCGGCUACCAUGUCUUCUCGUAUGCCGCUUGCUGAACCAUCGCCUCCAUACCAAGCAUCCGAUUCUCCUCAUGGAACUUAUGUGAAUGAAUCAGCUCCGUAUAUAGCGCAAGAGAAACCAUACAAGAAACCCAGUCUUGUUCAGAGGAACCGGUGCUGUCGAUUCCUGUGCUGUGCCUGCUGUCUUCCAGUCUGGGCACGAUGGAUCCUGUGGAUCAUUAUUAUCGCCAUCAUCAUUGUCGUGAUUGUAUUCGCCAUCAUCUUCAGCCAGUUUAAGACACCCACCUUCGACUUCAAUGGUAUCACAGACAGUCCAUCCGGCUUGGCGGAAUUUUCUGUGAAUGGCACACGGUGGAACAUCAACGUCGGAUUGAAGAUUGGUAUCAAUAAUCCCAACAUUGAGAGCGCUACUCUGUCUAAUAUGAAUGCCACCGCCUACUAUCCGACCAGCCCAGACGUCGCAGUGGGAGGUGGUUUCCUUGCCAACCAAUUCGUCUCCUCCAAUGCCGUCACCAACUUUACAUUCCCAUUCUCCAUUCAAUAUGAUCCUACCACCGAUACCAACAAUGCCAUGCUGACCGAUAUUGCCACCAAAUGUGGUCUUUUGGGUGGCACCAAGCAGCCUUUGACUAUCAAUUAUAAGAUUAAUUUAGCUGUGAAGGUGUUGUUCAUCACUGUACACCCAACUGUAUCCUCCUCAGCAAACUUCGACUGUCCCAUCACGAACGGUCAAUUGCCUGAGCUUCCAUCUGGAGUCCUCAGCAGCCUCAUGCCAUCCGAUACCGCCUCAGCUACUUCCACCGCAGACGCCAGUCAAAGCACGGAUGGAGCUGAUUCAGGCAACGGAGGUAAUGAUGGAAACGGCGAUGGAAGCGGCGACGGAAACUAAUAGAUGUGUGUGUGUAUGUUGUACUUUUCCCAUAUUUGUAUAUAAAAACAUGCUAUACCUUCUCUUCUCCACCCUGCAUACUCUGCAUGGUGUUAUAUUAUAUUUAAAUGACAACACUCCUCUCACGGGGGAACUUAGCCACCCCGCGCCAAAUACAUUUAAACAGAAAAGGAGACAAAUAAAAUAAAUGGCGGUAUUCAGUAAGAAAGCUUAAAUGCCACAGGCACC